AGGGAGGAAGGGAGCUUUUGAUCCUUCUCUCUCGCAGUGGGUGUCAAAGAAGCCAUUCAAGGCUGCCCUAAACUAGGUGACCCGGCCACUAAACCAUCCACCUAGUUCUAGCUCUCGUGUUCUUUUUUAGUUUGAGACUUUGAGAUAUUUUAAUCUCACUUCUCCUCUCCUCUUCUCUUUGUUCAUCAUCUUCUUUCUCUCUUCCUUUGAAUAUUGUGAUGGGGGUGGGUGUUGAUGAUGGGUUUUCCCUGACAACGCCGCUCAUGCUUGAUGAGGAGCAACACCGGCCAUUUGUGGUUAAGGAUGUGAGAGUUGAGGAUGUAGAAGCCAACCCUUACCUUCGUAGUACAGGCACCGCUACCUUCUUCAAGACUUGCUUCAAUGGGCUCAACGCUUUGUCAGGGGUCGGGAUACUAUCAGUUCCAUAUGCACUAUCAGAAGGAGGGUGGUUGAGUUUGAUACUUCUUUUUUUAAUUGCCGCUGCAACUUUCUACACAGCCUUGUUAAUUCGAAGGUGCAUGGAUGUCGAUAAACGCAUAACAACUUACCCAGAAGUCGGUGAACUAGCAUUUGGGUACAAAGGGAGAAUGGUGAUAUCAAUUUUCAUGUAUACAGAGCUGUAUUUAGUUGCAACUGGAUUCUUGAUAUUAGAAGGGGAUAACUUAUAUAAUCUGUUCCCCAAUAUGGUCUUGGAGGCUGCAGGAUUAAGAAUUGGAGGGAGGGAAAGUUUUAUUAUACUUGUUGCCCUCAUCAUAUUGCCUUCAGUGUUGUUGGAUAACUUGAGCAUUCUCUCUUAUGUUUCUGCCACUGGGGUGUUGGCCUCUUUUAUUAUAAUUGGCGCUGUUUUCUGGACUGGAGCAGUUGAUGAAGUUGGGUUUCAUGGAAAAGGAAGGCUUUUGAAUUUGAGUGGUAUCCCUACUGCUGUCAGUUUAUAUGCUUUCUGCUAUUGUGCUCAUCCAGUAUUCCCCACUUUAUAUACUUCUAUGAGACACCAACAUCAGUUUUCCAAGGUCUUGUUGUUUUGCUUUGUUGUGUGUACUAUGAGCUAUGCAUCAAUGGCUAUAUUGGGUUACCUUAUGUAUGGAUUAGAUAUAUCUUCUCAA